UGGAGGGAGACAUGGGGUCUCUGCUGCUGCUGCUGCUGCUGCUGCUGCUGCUGGCACUGCUGUGGGGGGUUGAGUGGGCACAGGGACAAUGGAGUGCAGGGGGAGAGAGGGCAGGGAUCCAGGGGCAGGGUCCAAGGAUAAACAUCCAAGCACCAGAUCCAGUGAAGGUGCAGGAGGGGCUGUGUGUCCUUGUGCCCUGCUCCUUCUACUACCCCUGGAGUUCCCAGAAUAACUACAACAUCCUCACUUACUGGUUCCGGGGUGAGGGUGAUCACCGCACUGCUACUCUUGUGGCCACAAAUUAUUAUUAUUGGAAUAAAGUGAAGCCAGAGAUUGCGGGCAGAUUCAAACUUCUCAGCCACUCCACAAACAGCUGCUCCCUGAGCAUCACAGGUGCCAGGAAGGAGGACCAGGGAGCCUACUUCUUCAGAGUGGAGAGAGGAAAUGACAAAUAUAACUACAAAGAGAAGAAGCUGAACUUGCAGGUGACAGCCCAGCCUGACAUCGACUUUGAGAAGCCCCUGGUUUCUGGUCAGCCUGCAAGGCUGACCUGCAUUGUAUGGGGGUCCUGUGAUGGGAAAGCCCCCCUGUUCUCCUGGCUGGGGGAUGCUCUUGACUCUCUGAGGUCCAAGAUUAAGAAUUCCCAAGUGCUCAGCUUCACCCCAAGACUCCAAGAUCACGGCAGCAACCUCACCUGUCGGGUGAAAGUCCCUCAGGCUCAAGUGAGCACAGAGAGAACCAUCAGACUCAAUGUGUCCUAUACCCCACAGAACCUCACCAUUCACAUCUGCAGAGACAACAAAGACCACAGCAUCAAGCAAUGCAGGGGACCUGGCGUGAUGACCAACAGGAGGAGCAGGAUCAGGAGGAGGAAGAGGAAGAGAAAGAACAGAGGAGCCCUGAAGACAGUUCAGAACGCCUCCUCCCUCUCCAUCCUGGAGGGCCAGGCUCUGCGGCUGCUCUGUGAGGCCGACAGCAACCCUCCUGCAAGGCUGUCCUGGUUCCGGAGGUCCCUUUCUGAGAAUGACACCAUCCUCUCCAACUCCUCCACCCUGGAGCUGCCAUCAGUGAGGAGAAUGGAUGAAGGGGAGUUCACCUGCCUGGCAGAGAACUAUCUGGGCUCCCAGCUUGUCUUUCUGAGCCUUUCUGUGAACUCUACCCCCCACCUGCAGGGCCCCUCGUGCUUCUGGGAGGACAAGGUUCUGCACUGCAGCUGCUUCUCCCAGGCCUGGCCAGUCCCUUCCCUGAGCUGGUGGCAGGAGGACCAGGCACUAAGGGCCAUCAACAAUGAAACCAGCAUGGUCACCACCAAAUCUGAGGGGCCCUGGGCCAACAGCUCCGUGAGCCUCCGCUGGGGCCUGGGCCCUGGCCUGAGACUCAUCUGCAAAGCCCAGAAUGCCCAUGGGGAGCGCAGCUCAGCUGUUCUGCUGCUGACAGGAGGAAGCCCACCUUCCUUCACUUGUGCAGAGCAGGAGCAGGGUUCCUGGCCCCUGGUCCUCACCCUCAUCAGGGGAGGCCUCAUGGGGGCUGGCUUCCUGCUCACUUAUGGCCUCACCUGGAUCUACUACACUAGGUGCCCAGGCUCCUCCAGCAGACAGAACUAGGAGAGACUCAGACACUGAGCACCUAGGAGAGGGUGCCUCUCAGCCCCCAGGACCCUCCCCCAGCUGACCUGCACAUCUGGAUGAGGGCUGGUCCUCUGCACGGGAUGCUGAGUGGCCGCCCCAGUGGGAGAGACCAGCCCCACUGAGGCAGGAUAGGACCCUCCUGCUCCUGGGGGUAGGGGGCAGGUCUGCCUCAAGGGGCCACAGCACUGGCACCAGGCCUGAGCAGAGGGCUGGGUGCUCACAGCCCCUCUGGUGAGGGUGGGUGUGGGCAGGUUCCUUCCUCUGACCCUCUUCCCAGUCUGGACAGAGGACUGGACUGGCAUCAGGCUCAUAGUGAGAGAAAGAAAGAAAGAAUCUUCUGUGAACACAGGACAGGCUGGGGAGUCUCAGCAACCUCCCAGAUGGUGCUGGUCAUGCUCCCCCAUAGCUGUGUCAGGGGCUGGGGUGGAGCACAGGAGGUAGAGUGCAGUCCUUACCUGCCACCUGAGGACCUGGGGACAGAAAUGAACACAUUAGUAGAACAACCAAUUAAUAAAUCCUUAAAAAUGGCUCUCUGUCUCUGGAGAAACAACCUUCUUGCCUGAGGUGCUGAGGCCCCAGGGUCAAUUCCCAGAACGACCGGGAGCCAUUGCUGAGCAGUGUUGUGGUUGAAAUUAAAUGAGUUGAUUCAAUAAGAAAUUGCUUUGUUCCUGCAGAAGACUUUGGGUAGGAGAAAAGGAGGAUCACUAGGCAGGUAUCUCUACCUCCCCCUGAAAAUAUAAGGGUGUGUGGAGGGCAGUGAUAAAGGAAAUUGCUGGACAAUAGUGCUGCCCUCUCCACAGUUGACAUCUUCCUCUCUAGAAAGAGUCUCUCUCUCUCUCUCUCUCUCUCUGUAUAUAUGUUUAUUCCUCUCCCUCUUUCUCUCCCUGUCCCUCCUGCUCUCCCUCUAUUUCUCUCCUUUUUUUCUUUCUGGGUUAUCACUGGGGCUUGGAGCCUCAAUCCACUGCUCCUGGUGUAUCCCCACCAUGUUAAUGGAUAGGACAGAGAAAAAUUUAGAUGGGGGUGGGGAGGACCUGCAGGCCUGCUUCAGUGCUUGUGAAGUGACCUCCAAGCAGGUGUUGAGCUGGGGGCUUGAACCAGGAUCCUGUGUGGGUCCUUGAACAUCAUACUAUGUAUGCUUAACCCUGUGAGCAACUCUUGGCCCCCUAGAAGGAAUCUUCAUCUCCAAGAGGUUCUUCGUGUUGUCUGCAGGGACCCUCCUGUGAAACCAGCCUUGGUCUGUGGUGCACUGGGUGUGGAUACAGGUUUCCCCCUGUGCAGAAUGUCCUUGGGAAAGGCCAGGACAGGGCCAGCGCUUUGCCAGGAAGAGCUCCAGGGCAGGCUGCCGGGCUAGCAUGGGGGUCUCUCUUCCUGGGUGCGUACCCUCUGUAUUGGAGAGAACUCGACCAGAGACAGCCUGGGCUGCUGCUCACUCAGUGAUGCGAGGGAGAUGACUCAGGAAUAGACUCCUGGUGGUGAGACCAUUCAAUUCUUUAUUGAUCAGAGAGCCAAGGCUUUUAAAGGGCAGACCCAGAAGUGGCAAAUCAGAAACAGAAAUGGCUAGGAAAGGGGUGGAAAGGCAAAAGGGGACUGGAGAGGUAGAAACGUCCUUAGCAACUAUUAGGAGUGUUUUAACUGGUAGGAUUAAUACUACCCCGUAGACAGGGAGGGUCUUGAAUGUAGAAAGAAGAUAGAUCGAAGGAAUGUAAUAGGUGGGGAUCUUUUAGGCAAAGCAUUGAUUAUGUAGAUCAUAAGGGAGUAGUCCCUAGUAUCAGGAAUGCAGGGAGUCUGAGAAGAAGAGAGGCUGGAUGUCCCCUCAAGUCAAGCCUUCCAAGCUCAACCACAUCCUCACAAUUUUCCGACAUCUCCCCCUUACUUUUUAUCUAAUGGCCAUAGUAUCAGGAAUGCAGGGUUGCUUUGUGAGGUAAGGAGUCUGAUAAAUGGGGCAAACCUUUGGGUUUACUCCUGUCCCUCCUGGUUCAACCUCUUGGUAGAGAGACUGACAGGAUAGCCGCACUCCUGAGGUCAAACCCUGCCAGGCUCUACCACACCCUCACAAUUUCCCAACAGCAGGCUGAGCAGCUGGCCUGUGUCCUGAGUUGCUUUGCCCUGUGCACAGCCCAGCUUCUAGCCAGGCCUCUGCUGAGCUGAGGGAAGCUUCUCUGUGGUGCUCUCUGUCACCCUCUCUCCCUGGAGUCUUCUCAUCUCUCUUUUUCUCUGUCUCUGACUCCGUCUAAAAUACAAUGUAGCAUAAAGUGCUCUGAGUAAUUCUGACAGUCUGCCCAGGGCAGCUGGGGUGUAGGUCUCUGUUCCCUGGCCUGGGGGACUUGUGGAGGGUGUAUGUUUGCUUGUCUUGUGACUUGGAGAAGGGGGUGGCCACAGGCAGGGGUGGUGGGUCUGAGCCUUUGUUCUCGCUAGGCACUGGACACCCUGGGAGGGGCAUGUCUGCCCAGCCUGCAGGCUUUAGAGAUGUGAACGUCUCCCAAGGGAGAGAAA